AGGUUCCCAAUGUUGAACAUGUCCAGCCCCAGUGAGUUGAAGAAUCCCUGCGUGACUCGCAACGGCUUGGUGAAGCUGCCCCCCAGCCAGCCCAACGGCCUGGGCAGCGCCAGCAUCACCAAGGGGACGCCCGCUGCUAAGAACCGCCUCUGCCAGUCCUCCACAGUGCCCUCCAUCCUGCCGCCGCCGCCCACCUCCCUGGCCUACCACCACCACCGCCAUUUGGACGGGCCCGGCAAGCCCCACCCCGCCUCCCCGCUCCUGCCCUCCGACCUGGAGCCGGGGAAGCCCCUGGUGAGCCUGAAGCCCGCGCUGCGCCAGCUCCCCCCCCUCACCCUGCCCAAGCCCCUCCUGCUGGAGCGCCAGCUGGUCCUGGACGAGAAGCUGCUCAACCGGCUGCUGUGGUACUUCACCACGGCCGAGAAAUGCCUGCUGGCGCAGGUGUGCAAGACCUGGCGCAAGGUGCUCUACCAGCCCAAGUUCUGGGAGGGGGUCACGCCCAUCCUGCACGCCAAGGAGCUGUACACGCUGCUGCCCAGCGGGGAGAAGGAGUUCGUCAGCCUGCAGGCCUUCGCCCUGCGGGGCUUCCAGUCCUUCUGCCUGGUGGGGGUGUCGGACCUCGACAUUUGCGAGUUCAUCGACAACUACCCCCUGUCCAAGAAGGGCGUGCGCUCCGUCAGCCUCAAGAGGUCGACCAUCACAGACGCCGGUUUAGAGGUCAUGCUGGAGCAGAUGCAGGGCCUCAUGCACCUGGAGCUGUCGGGCUGCAAUGACUUCACGGAGGCGGGGCUGUGGUCCAGCCUGAACGCGCGGCUCACCUCCCUCAGCGUCAGCGACUGCAUCAACGUGGCCGACGACGCCAUCGCUGCCAUCUCCCAGCUCCUGCCCAACCUGUCCGAGCUCAGCCUGCAGGCCUACCACGUCACCGACACGGCCAUGGCCUAUUUCACAGCCAAACAGGGCUACACCACCCACACUCUCCGGCUUCACUCCUGCUGGGAGAUCACCAACCACGGCGUGGUCAACAUGGUGCACAGCCUCCCCAACCUGACCGCGCUCAGCCUGUCCGGCUGCUCCAAGAUCACCGACGACGGCGUGGAGCUGGUGGCCGAGAACCUGCGCAAGCUGCGCAGCCUGGACCUGUCCUGGUGCCCCCGCAUCACCGACAUGGCCCUGGAGUACAUCGCCUGCGACCUGCACAAGCUGGAGGAGCUGGUGCUGGACAGGUGUGUGCGGAUCACAGACACGGGGUUGGGCUACCUGUCCACCAUGUCCUCAUUAAGAAGCCUUUAUCUGCGCUGGUGCUGUCAGGUGCAGGAUUUUGGACUGCAGCAUUUGUUUGGGAUGAGGAGUCUUCGUCUACUGUCGCUCGCAGGCUGCCCUCUGCUGACCACCACCGGCCUGUCGGGCCUCAUCCAGCUGCACGAGCUGGAGGAGCUGGAGCUGACCAACUGCCCCGGGGCCACGGCUGAGCUCUUCAAAUACUACUCUCAGCACCUGCCCCGCUGCAUGGUCAUCGAAUAAGGCCGCCGAGUCCUGGAUUGGCAGACCACUCUGUUUCAACCUUCCUCCUCCUCCUCCUCCUC